ACGUCACUCGUCUCCAGCCAAUAACCACAGCGCAUCCAUUGUCCAAUCAGAUUACAGCUGUCCCGUAAAUCAGCCAAUGAGAACGCGUUAUUUGAUAUAAAUGCCGGUACCGGGAAGGCGCAGUAUUAACGCUUCGGUGUUGUUUGUUUUAGUUGACGAACUUGUUGAAAAAUAAAAAUGUCCACCAGGAUCUUUAUUGACCAGGAGAAUGAGGCCUCUUCUACACAGCCGGCGAAAGAUCUCGUAAAGCCUUCAAGUGACAUGUCUAAAGGAAAGCCAGCUGUCAGAAGCCACAAGAGCAAAGCGUUUGCUUCUGGAUCAGGAGUAAAGACUCCAAGAAAAGCUCUGGGAAAUGUCAACAAGCAGACGACAAACCAAAAGACCGUGCAGCCCAUGAAAGGAAUCCUUAACAUGAAGAAGCAUGUGCCAGCUGCUAAAAAGCUUUCAGAAAAGUGUCCAAAGGUGGAGAAGCAAGUCUAUCCUGAAAUUGAAAAGUUUGAACCCUACAAUCCUGCAGAUUUUGAAACCUUUGAUGUUCCAGAGGACCAUAAACUGAGUCACCUCUCCAUGGCUGGCAUGGGUCUCCUGGUCAAUCCGAAUUAUGUUAAAAAGUUAGAGACACUACUGGGUAUAGAACCAGCCCCAAUAGAAAUCCCUGCUCUUAGCUGGGAGUCAGGUGCUGACUACAACUUUCCAAACUUCUAUGCUGCUUUUGAAAUGAUCAUGGUGGAAAUGCCAGUAAAGUAUUAAACAUGUUUGGGUUUUUGUUUCAACUUUGUUUUUUGCAUGUUUUUAAUAAAGAUUUUUAAUUUUAUCAA